AUGCGGAGGGACUUCAGGUCCAGGGGCGCGGAAAUCCUCGAUGACACAUAUGAUUCGGACACUUCUAAUCUCCCCGGGGAUCCACGCAAAACAUCUAUCUUUCUAAUGGUUGUUGAUCAGUCAGAGACAAUAAAUUUUCUGCAGCGAGAGCUGCGAUGUCCUGAGAAUUCGCAUCUCGAUAGCUGA